AUGCUCCGCCUGCGCUCAGCUCUUCGUGCCGCACCACUGUCCAGGCGGUAUGCCACUGCUCCUGGCCCCCACGCACUCGUCUUCCUCGAGCACCGGGACGGCAUCAUUGACGCCGGCUCCCUCUCCGCUCUCACCGCUGCCCAAGAACUUGGGGGACAGGUCACCGGCCUUGUCAUUGGAUCUCCGGAGCAGGUCAAGGGGGUAGUCGAGAAGGCGAGGAAGCUGAAGGGUGUCUCGACUGUGCUGCACUCCGCGUCGGAGCAGUACGCACACUCCGUCUCCGAGGCCGUCUCGCCCCUCCUCGAGAAGCUCCUCGGCGAAAGCUCUCCCUACACCCACGUCGUCUCCGCCCACUCCUCCGCCGCCAAGUCCAUCCUCCCCCGCGUCGCUGCCCAACUCGACCUCCCCGCCGUCUCCGACAUCACCUCGCUCGUGCACGACAGUGCGUCCAACUCCACCACCUUCACCCGCCCCAUCUACGCCGGCAAUGCCAUCGCCACCGUGAAGGCCCCCUCGUCCCUCCGCGUCAAGUUCUUCACCGUCCGCUCGACCGCAUUCAAGGCCUCGUCUGCGGACGAAGGCGUGUCCGCAGAAGCGCAAGCCGUCGACCCCGUGGAGGCCUCCAGUCCGACGCAGCACGUCAAGACAGACCUCACCAAGUCGGACCGCCCCGAGCUCGGGUCGGCGAGCCGCAUCGUCUCGGGUGGCCGCGCGCUCAAGGACGCGAAGACCUUCAACGCGACCCUCGAGCCGCUCGCGGACGCGCUCGGGGCCGCAAUCGGCGCGUCGCGCGCGGCGGUCGACGCGGGCUACGCCGACAACUCGCUUCAGGUCGGGCAGACGGGCAAAGUCGUCGCGCCGGAGCUGUACAUGGCUAUCGGCAUCUCUGGCGCCAUCCAGCAUCUCGCGGGCAUGAAGGACUCGAAGCUCAUCGUCGCGAUCAACAAGGACCCGGAGGCCCCCAUCUUCCAAGUCGCGGACGCCGGCCUGGUCGCGGACUUGUACACCGCGGUCCCGGAGCUCGUGGAGAAGCUCAAGCAGCAGUCGUAG